UUUUGAUAACUGACUCCUGCUGUGUUCGUAACCAUCCUUUGCUUGGAAAUGGCUUCAGCUUCUCCAUCACCUGAUCCCAGUUUGGAUGCGGAAUGGCAGGAGUGGAAAAGGAAAUAUGAGAAAACGUACAGCCAGGAUGAAGAAGGACACAGGAGAAUGGUGUGGGAGGAAAAUAAGAAGAAAAUUGAGGAGCACAAUGCAGAAUAUGAGCAGGGCAUGGCCAGCUUCUGCAUGGGCCUGAAUGAAUUUAGUGAUUUGCCAGAGUAACAGUUGGGACUUGGAUGGCAACACAAAGAUAGCCAAGGAGUGAAGGAAUUACUGUGCCAUUGCCCAAGGAACCUUCGGCCCCAAGAUGUGAGCUGCACGGGUGUUGACAAGACUAGACUAUGGGAAAAGAAGAAAUAGCAGGGGAUUCCUUAUUAUUACGGCCAGCCUAUACUAUGAGGGAUCCAACACUCAAGACCUGUAAGGUCCACACUGUUAUGUGAACUCUGUGUCAUGUUCAUACUAACAAAACCUUACCAAUAUUUUAUUACAUGCUCUGAAGUCUGUUAUG